UCAGUUUAUUAAUCAGUCAGUCAGUUCACACUUCACAGUUGUCAUUGAUUGUUUGAUUAGAGGACAUGUAGAUUGAUAAACGCAACGCAUUAUGUAAAUAAACAAAAAUGAUAUUAAAUCGUUGAAUUAUAUAUUUAUUUACUUUAAAUAAAAAAUCAACGGUAGGCCUUUGCUUUUACUGACAAUAGCUUCUCGACCUAUUUAUGAUAAUAAGUCUACAUUAUAUUACUCCCAAAUGUCCUUUCCUUUUUGACUAAUUAUAAAUUAAGUAAUGGCUGAUAUUUCUGUAAUCAUACCAGUACAUAAUGGCGAAGAAUGGAUAGAUACUUGUAUGAAUUCUAUAGCAGAACAAACCAUAUUCAAAACAGACGAUCUAAAGAUUGAAAUUGCUGUUUAUAAUGAUGGCAGUACUGAUAAAACUCCAGAACUUUUAAAAAAAUGGGAAGAACAGUUUAAGGAGCAAGGAGUUGAUUUCGUUAAAUCGGGUGGCAAAACGUCAAAAGGAGUGGGCGCUGCAAAAAAUGGUGCUAUAAAAAUAAGCACAGGCAAAUAUUUAUGUUUUCAAGAUAUUGAUGAUAUAAUGCUACCUCAGAGAAUAGAGCUUCAGUGGAAAGCUGCAACAUCAAGACCAAAUGCAAUUAUUGGCAGUAAAAUAUUGAGAGUACCUAAAGACUCCACUCCACGUUAUGUUCAGUGGGUUAACAACCUUAACAGCCAGCAGCUGAGGAACCAAAUAUACACAUCCCACGGACCUACUUUGCUAAUGCCUACAUGGUUCUGUCAUAGAAGUGUAUAUGACAAGGUUGGAGGAUUUGUGGAAACUGGCCGUGGAACACCAGAAGACCUGAUAUUUUUCUAUGCACAUUUGGAUGCUGGAGGAACCUUAUAUAGAGUAGAAAAGGAACUGGUAGUGUAUGCUUACCAUGCAAAGGCAGCUACAUUUUCUGUUAAAAGAGAAAAUAUUUGGCAGGUCCAACUAGAAAGAUUACAAAAACGUGUAUUUCCUAGUUGGAAUCAUUUUACAGUUUGGAAUGCAGGCAAAGCUGGUAGAAGACUAGUUCGAUCCUUAGAUCCCGAAAACUUAAAUAAAGUUGUGGCAUUUUGUGAUGUUGACAAGAACAAAAUAGGGCAACAUGUGGAACUAUACUGCCCUAUUGAAAGAAAAGUACUAGUCAAAUUGCCUGUUAUUCAUUUUACAGAUGCAAAGCCCCCUUUACUAAUAUGUUUUAAAUUGGACAUGACAAAUGGUGAAUUUGAAAGGAAUCUACAAUCAUUAAAUCUCAUUGAAGGAAUUGAUUAUGUUUUAUUCAGUUAAUAUUGUGGAAUAAUGCAUUGACAUGUUUUAUAACUAGAUAAUUACAAUAAAAUUGUAUUACUGUUGAUUAAA